AUGGCUGCGGAGGAGGGUACAACGCGCCGUAAAACCAAAACGCGCUAUCGUUGCUAUCCAAAUUUAUCUGUUCGCCUAAUCGGCAUAGUUCAAAUUGUUGUUCUAUAUGUUCUACUCGUUGGACAUGCAUCGGCGCAGAGGGUUUGGCAUGAUACGAAUGUUGGUACAGGCACCAUACACGAACAGCUGGGGCAGCUUCAUUAUCCCGAUCCCGAACUAACGCCCUACACAUCAAGAAUCGAGUAUAUUAAAGAUACCAAGCGUAACACUUGGUCCGUAACGCCCGCUUAUAAUAUAUCACAAUUUCUUUUCGAUUCAACGAUAAACGAUAAGCCAUCUCUGCCAGCUGGAUAUUUGGCUGUUAGAAAUGACGAUACCUUGAUAAUGGGUAGGAAAGUUGACAGAAACGAUUGGAGCGAUCUGUUGGCACAAUAUGCUUUGGUCAUCUUGUGGGUGAUAUUCUUGUUGACUGUGAUAAUUCUAUUACCAUUUCUAGCCGUUUGCUAUUGUUGUUUCUGUUGUUGUCGCCGUUGCAAACGGGGUUGUGGUCCUUGCGAUGGUCCUAGGGAUAGAAGAAUGAGCAUGAUAUGCGCCGGAAUACUACUUCUCUUAAUCAUUCUCAUUCUUUUGGGUGCCAUUGUUGCCUUUGCUUCCAAUCGCGCCUUAGAUCGCGGCUUGGAAGAGACAUCGGACACAGUGAAGCGAGGCAGUCAGGACACCUGUCUCUACUUGGAGGAUAUGAAUGCACAUCUGGACCAUAUUUUUGUCUACAACUACCAGGAAUUUGAGGAUCACCUGAAUGAAUUACUGAAUAAUGCCCAUAAUCAUAUAUUCUUGGACCUGGCUGAUACAUCCGAGGCCAAUGCCAUCGAGCAGUUGGAGCGCAUCUUUGAUAAUAUGAAAGAGGCGAGAACUCUAAUGAGGCAGGUGGAAAGUUUGGAGAAGGAGUUGCGCUUCUAUACAUCACAGCUGAGAGAUGGCGUUCGCGGAGCUAAACGUGAUGUGAACUAUGCCUGUGGCAGUUUGGUUUUUGGUCAUAAAUGUAGAGACUUUUUGAGAAACUCUGAAAUGGAAUCGGUUGAUAUGUCCCCCUGUCUGCACAUGGACUAUCUGCCGAACACUACUGUUUUUGUGGAAGGUACAGAUCAAAUUGUCAACGACGAUGUUUCAGUGAUACCGAAGCUCGCUCUGCGACGUUUACAAGAUGUUGGCAUAAAAAUCGAAUCCGCUAUGGCGGUAGUCAUACCUGCAAUACAGAAGGAUGUGCUGGACGGUCGCGAUAAGUUCCGUAUGCAUGCCAAUAGGAUCACCAAUCAGACGGAGGCCUUGAUCAGUAACAUCCAAUUGAAAACGAUUCGCUCGACAAGAUCUUUCGAAGAUAUCUACGAUAGGUUUGGCCACGAUCGAAGUGUUAUCAACUCACUUGUCUGUGGUUUCUUGUUUAUUAUUGUCUUUCUAAUUUUGGUUUCCUUGCUGUGCGGAUGCUUUGGUAGGAAAGGAUCAGGAGCCACAUGUUUACUUAUCUCGAUAAUGUUUAUAUUCAUUGUGUUCUCGUUCAUUACGCUGGUUGGUUUAUUCUACUUUGUAAUGGGCUUGGUUGCAUACCAGGGCGCAUGUGCCCCAGUACGGGACCUCGAUAAUAAUGCCAUAUUCAGAGAGCUGGAUGGGACCAUUGACCUGAGGGAUCUAAUAGAGGAGGAGCAGACAGAUAUACAAGAAUAUUCAGAGCUGAAGAUGUCAACGGCCAUCAACGCCUGCAGAGCGAAUGAGUCUAUAUUUGAUUUGCUUCUGAAGCAUAAACUCUACGAUAUGGAUGAUUUGAUGAACGAGGAAGUGAUAAGAGAAAAGCCUGAAGAUGAGAAAAAGGAGACCAUAUUUGAUGACGAUCUAUCUACCACAGUUCUAUUAACGAAAGAGGACAAGGAAAGACUCGAGAGCGUGCGCAAUGGCAAUCUUGCGGAAUUCAAUAGUGUUCUUUACCUAAGCAAUAUGUGCGAGACUCUAACACCGAAUUUAGCCGCCUUGGCAACAGGUCUAAGGCAGAUACGAGAUAGUAUAGCACAUAGUGAAAAAUAUGAUUAUGAUAAAUAUGCCCGAGUCUCGUUGUCUAACGAAGCUUACCAUUUGGAUACGUACAACAUGGAGUGGACGGAUAAGAUAUUAAGUAUUAUAUCAAAUAUGAAGAGCAAAUUGGCCCGUAUCGAUGACCUCAUCUUGUAUGAGAAACGAAACUUCAGUAACUCAAUUAAGGUGCUGGUCGAUGCCGUAGUUCGAUCUGAAACAUUUAUCCACACACGUGGCAGCGAAUUCAUAAACACGCUCGGUGAAAAUCUCACAAAUGUGGUCAAUGCACAAAUAGAGGACUAUAAGCAAGGCGUCAUCAAGGAAUGCACUAAGAAUGUGGGUCGUUGCGCCCCACUCGCUUAUGUCUAUUAUCGCGGAGUGGAUCUGGUCUGUUAUCGUCUGGUUGAUCCAAUUAAUGGUAUCUGGAUCGGCUUGCUUCCCGCUGCACUGCUCCUGCUACCCCUAUUGUUUGUCGCGCACAAGCUGAUGUGCUUGUGGCGCAGAUUAAACUCUUAUGCGGUGCCGAUAGUCGUAGUACCCGAGACAGGCCCCACGUGUCCCACCUGUACGGGUCUACCGUAUACACCGCCACCAAUUUUCACCUGUAGCGGCGGGCAGCAGGCGAGCUGCGUUUGUCGGGAGACGGAAACCAAGCGUACAGAUGGUGGAGGUACCUUCAACGAUAGCUCCUCGAUUGCCACAUCUGAACAGAAUGUCAUUGUUGAGCCGCCCGGCAGCCCAGUUGUCGAUCAUCAGAUCCAGAAUCAGUCCCAGUUGCAGACCCCAGCUCAGGCUCAACCCCAAGAAUCAGCAGCCAUGAAACCGAAAAAUGAUUAGAAAAAAUGAUUGCACACGGAUUGAAAGAAUUUUAUGAUUUCUGCAGAUAACAAGACAAGAUAACAACAAUCAGAGUAAAUUUAAGUGUGUUUAUAUUAUACGUAAUCGUGUGUCUACAUUAGCACGACUGUAAAACAUAAAA